CCAGUUUGGUCUCACGCAUGCGCAAUUCUAUGUUAUGAUUUUAACAGUAAACAUGUCUGCCUCCUUGGUUCGAGCGACCGUCAGAGCGGUCAAUAAAAGAAAGAUAUUACCUACAAGAGCCGCUCUAACGCUCUCUCCAGCAGCUGUGAGCAAAAUCAGAUCGCUGCUUCAGGACAAACCAGAAUAUAUUGGUUUGAAGGUUGGAGUGAGAACCCGCGGCUGUAACGGGCUGACUUACACACUCGAGUACACGAAGGACAAGGAGAAGUCAGACGAGGAAGUCCUACAGGAUGGCGUGAGAGUGUUUAUCGAGAAGAAGGCGCAGCUCACCCUCCUGGGAACUGAGAUGGACUUUGUGGAGUCUAAACUAUCCAGUGAAUUUGUCUUCAACAACCCUAACAUCAAAGGCACGUGUGGCUGUGGAGAAAGCUUCAACAUCUAAGCCUCCGUCCCUGCUCCAAACCCCUUCUCCUCUUCAACACCAGAGAGACUGCUGACGAGGAAGCUGGAUGUGAGGAAACCGUUAGAGAUGUCGGCACACCUGACUUCCUGCAGGCCGCUCGCAUCAACAGACCGGGGAAAACCAGCGUGUUCAUGCAUGGUGGGCGAGUUUAACGCAACCUGCAGCUGAAUCUAGUUUAAAAUCAGUUUAAAGAUAACUUCUCGUGGUUGUCAAGUCCAACACCAUUCAUGCAGAAGAAACUAACACGGCGUAAAGAUGCUCUCUGAGUCCGACAGGUGAAACGGAAGAGUCACGAUGCUAGGAAGAAUUCUGUUAGCAGGUUUGAAUUUAUCCACCAGGUCAACACCAGCUGUGUGCUGCGCUGGGGUCCAGUCCGGUAUCACGGACAAACCCGGGGGCUUGUUUAACUUGGUAAAUGUGUAUUUAUGUAGAAAAUGUAAAAUCCUUGAACGACUCAUACGCACAAACGUAAAUAACGCACAAAACACAAAGUCCUCAUGUAGAUCUGGUUUUUUCUUUUCUUGCUGCAUCAAAGCCGGGAGUGUUUAGAUCUGAGUGCCCUUAAGACUUUUAAACUGUGCAAUAUGUCCGUGUACAUAAAAAGAAUAAAUGGCUUUAAGAGGC